CUUGGGGGAGGAUCCGUCUACGUAACACGGAGCAAACACGCUCCGCCGCUCGCUGCGUCUUUUUCCUCCUUCCACCGCGGCGCAUCUCCGGCCACGAAACCCGGGGAGACACCGAGACAUGUCCGUGACGCACCGGGACACAGCCCGGAGCCCAGAGAGGAGACGACACCGCUGAUCGCCGCGUCUCAUCCGGACAUUUUUGUAUCUGUUUUCAAGGAGAUUAUUGUGUUUGCUGCUGCUUCUUCUAAUUCUUCUUCUCCUCCUCGCGGGGGAAAGUGAGAGGAUGAACAGCAUAAGGCAGGUGCCCACCCGGGUGAAGAGCCGGCGGACCGAGGCCAACCUCGGAGCGGAGAGGGAGCAUUUUGACAAGCAGCAGCUGAGCAGCAUCAGCAAAGCCAUCAACUCCGCGGAGACGCCUGUGAAGGAGAAACAUGCACGACGAAUCAUCCUGGGGACUCACAGGGAGAAGGGAGCCUACACCUUCUGGUCGUACGCUCUGGGCUUCCCUCUGGCCGGCAACUCCAUCCUCAGCUGGAAGUUCUGCCACGUGCUACACAAAGUGCUGCGGGACGGCCACCGCAACGUUCUACAAGACUGCAUGAGACAUCACAGUUCUCUUGUUGAAGUAGGACAAGUUUGGGGCAACCUCCAUGAUAAAUACGGACAACUGGUGUAUAUAUACUCCAAGCUACUCUGCACAAAACUGGAGUUUCACGUGAAGCAUGCAGAUAUUCCACCCAACCUAGAGGUCACAGAUGAAGUCCUGGAGCGCACUGCAGGGACUGACAUUAACAAUGUAUUCCAGCUCACAGUGGAGGUGUUUGAUUACAUGGAUACAGAGCUGAGGCUGGCCGAGACAGUGAUCCGACAGCUCAACACGUCCAUCGCCAUCUCCACCCUCACAUCAGGCCAGUGUCGCUUGUCUCCGCUCAUCCAAGUCAUCCAGGACUCUAGUCACCUGUACCACUUCACCGUCAAGCUGCUGUUCAAGCUGCAUGCCUGUCUGCCUGCUGAUACCCUCCAAGGUCACCGUGAACGUUUCCACGACCAGUUCCACAGCCUGAAAACCUUCUUCAACAAAGCCAGAGACAUGAUGUACUUCAAGAGACUGAUCCAGAUCCCCAAGCUACCUGAUUCCCCACCAAACUUCCUGCACGCCGCCUCGCUGGCCAAACACGUGAAGCCAGUGGUGGUCAUGGCCAACGAGGAAGAACCGGAGCAACAAGAUGACGACGAUGACGACCCAGAGCCGCUCAUCGAGGUCAGCGAGGUCUCCACACCCAUCCUACAGGCACAGCCGCAGCAACUUGACAUAUUCGAUCAGACAUUUGGACCUGCCAAUGGAGGCUUUGACGAAAGGGAUCUGCAGAUCGAAAGUCUUAAGCGUGACCUGGAGUUGUUGAGAGCAGAGCUGGAGAGGGUGAGAGCAGAGGCUCAGCGCUACAUCACACAGCUCAAGUCCCAAAUCAACAGUUUGGAGGCAGAGCUGGAAGAACAGCGUGCUCAGAAACAACAUGCUCUCGUUGAAAAUGAGCAGCUGCGCAUGGAGCUGGAGGCCACGCGUCGCAGAAACGCAGAACACGAGGGCUUGCAGACCACCUUCAUUGAGGCAGACAAGAAAGCACAGGCCACUGAGCAGCGGUACAACAAGCUGAAGGAGAAGCACACAGAGCUGGUUGCCAGUCAUGCUGAGCUACUUCGAAAGAGUGCAGACACUGUGAGGAUGCUGUCAGCGACCCAGCAGACCCAGGAGGAGGUGGAGAGGACCAAACACCAGCUGUCGUUUGAGAUCGAUCGGAUAAAACAGGAUUCUGACAUGAAGCUGGAAGAGCAGAAGUUUGAGGUGGAGAAGCUGAGGAGGGACCUGGAGGAGAAGAUGGCAGAAGCGAUGCGCAUCAAGGCGACCCUGCAGAGCAGCGAGAUGACAUCAGAGCACAUGAACAGCUCAAUGACAGCCCUGCAGGCGGAGAAGGAGCGUCUGAUGCGAUCUGUGAGUGAGAAGGAGGCGGAGCUGUCUUCUCUGCGGCAGGCUGCGCAGGUGCAGCAGUCAUCACUUCAGCAGGAGCGAGAGAGGAGCAGCAGGGAGCUGGGAGAUCUGCAGGGCAAACUGCAGGAGAAGUCGAGUCAGGAGGAGCAGCUGAAGCAGAAGCUUCUGGAGGAGCAGUUUGCUCUGCUGCAGGGAACCAUCACAGAGGCUGAGAACAUCAUCCAGGAUGCUGUUGAUAAGUUGGAUGAUCCUCUCCACAUCCGCUGCACCAGCUCUCCAGAUUAUCUCAUAAGUCGGGCCGAAGCCACACUGGGCUCCAUCGACAAAGUGAAAAAGGGCCACGCAGGUUAUCUGAGUAACAUGGGCGAUGCUGGAGCGCUGCUGAGGGCUCUGACCCAGUUCUCCCACCUGACGGCAGACACGAUCGUUAACGGCAGCGCCACCGCACACAUGGCACCCACCGACCACGCAGACCGCCUGACUGAGAACUGCAGAGGCUGUGCCACUGAGAGUCUGCAGUACUUGAAGGAACUGAAGUCCAAGACCACCCUCCCGAGGGCAGACCCAGCCGCCAUCCGCAUCAUUAUACAGAAGAUCUUAAAUCUGGGCCAGGAGCUGCGGCCAAAAGGCAUGGACGUUCGUCAGGAUGAGCUGGGAGAUCUGGUCGAUAAAGAAAUGGCUGCAACAUCAGCAGCUAUUGAGGAGGCGGUCCGUAGGAUUGAUGAAAUGAUGAAUCAGGCUCGAAAGGACACAUCAGGAGUUAAGCUGGAGGUCAAUGAAAGAAUUCUCUUCAGCUGCACAGACCUGAUGAAGGCCAUCCGCAUGCUAAUCAUAGCAUCAACAGAUUUGCAGAAGGAGAUUGUUGAGGGUGGGAGGGGCGCAGCCAGCAUCAAGGAGUUCUACGCCAGAAACUCUCGCUGGACUGAGGGACUCAUCUCUGCUGCCAAGGCUGUGGGAUGGGGUGCCACAGAGAUGGUAGAGUCGGCUGAUAAGGUGGUGCUGCACACUGGUAAAUACGAGGAGCUGAUUGUCUGCUCUCAUGAGAUCGCUGCGAGCACAGCACAGCUGGUCGCUGCCUCCAAGGUCAAGGCGGAGCGCGGCAGUAAGAGGCUGACGGUUCUCCAGCAGGCGUCUCGUCAAGUGAACGAAAUGGCAGCUAAUGUGGUGGCGUCGACGAGGACGGGCCAGGAGAACCUGGAGGAGAAAGAAACCAUGGACUUCUCUGGGUUGUCCCUCAUCAAGCUGAGGAAAGAAGAAAUGGAGUCACAGGUGAAGGUACUGGAAUUAGAGAGUCAGUUGGGGAACGAGCGGCUGCGUCUGGGCGAGCUGAGGAAGAAGCACUACGAUCUGGCGGGAGUUCCUUCGGAGCCGGUUUCCGAGGGGAACGGUGAAACCUCCUCGCUGGCUCAUCCUAUGUCCAUGUCGCCGAAACCCAGUAAACCCACCCUCAUGAAGAAACCUAUGUUGGCCCAGAAACCCAACAUCCUUCCCAAAAAUCCAUUUAAGUAAAUGAGCAGAAGACGAGAGCGCUCCACGACCAGAUGUUUGGAUUGACCAGAGAAUGAUUGCCUUUUUGUGAACAUGUGUCCCUUUAAGUUGCAUGCUAACAAUCCUCUUCCUCAUCCUGCAUCUUUACUGUUCAUCUUUUUCUUUUAAUUUUUGUUUUUGCCAAAAAGGACCUCUGAUGUCAGUAAGGAAUAUGUCUUCUUUACCCUCACUUUUUUUUUUUAAUGCGGAUGAAUACCCCCCCCUGGCAGAACCCUUUUUUAAUUUUACUAUUUGGCAUCAAGAACAAAAAAAGCUUAUUAUUAUACUUUAAUGCUGUUUGAAAGUAUUUGUUUCUGAAAUUUUAGAUGAUUAAGCACUCCUGCUUUUAUAGUACAAACCUUGAUAAUGACCACAAAUCGUUUUAUCUUUUAUGUCAACAGUUUGUUUUGAUCACGCUUUGGAAAACCUUUUUGCACACUGUUUUGGACGUUGGUUACAGAGCACAUCACAUGUUUAUUUCUUAUUGUACACUUGUUUGCUAUUUAUGUUGUGGUGGCAAAGGAAACUGGGGAAACGUGGUGUGUGUGGGUCCACGUUGUUGAAAAGGUGUCACAUACCUCCGGCUUUGCCUUCAUGAUGGACUGUGUUCCUCUUAUGUGCAAAACCGCUUUCUCCCUCAGCAGUGCAAGAUUGUCUCAGAGGCCUUGAUAUGUACGGCACUAAAUAAUGAAACAAUACCUGACAUGACGGUCUAUAUAGAAGUGUGUGCGAUCUGCACCUGGUGUAAGUUACACUAUAUCUACACUCGGCAAUCUCUUGAAGGUCCUUUUUAUUGGCAAAGUACUUGGAUAUUCUAAUAAAACACAUAGUUAGACUUGAUUCUGGCACAGACACACACACACACACACCAGACGUAGGUGUCCCUAAUUAUCAAAUGCUUAUUUUAGGCUGAAUAUUAGGAUUUAGGGUUAGUUAACGAAGGUGUUCGUGUCCACUUUGCCUUUGGGGGCUUUUCUUACAGGGUCUUAAAAAUGCAUCUGUGUAUGUUCUGUCCUUUUCCUCUGUACGAAAUGUCUUUAUACACUCAGAUCUCUUAAUAUAUUUUAGUAAAGAUAAUGGUGGUUUCUCCAUGUAAGAAGUGUAAAUGUGACAGGAAUGAACAAUAAAUGAUUUAAUGUU